GCAUGUGAAAAAAAUGAUUAGUUGCUGUUUGGUUUUGUUACGGGCAAGUUCUACGGCCAAAUUGUGUGUGAAGUCGAAACAAACAUAGAAAAGUUGCACAAUUAACGAAAUUGGGAGAGAGAGAGGAAUAUCUGAAAAAUGCCGUCAUUUAGCGGCUCGCUGUUGUUGUUGCUGUGUCUCCUACUGAGCCUGAUGCUGAUUGCAACAAUAACAAUAGAUGAGCAAUGCAUGCACUCCAUUGAUAGCUGUGAUCGAUGCCUCAAUACUCACCUCGACUGCGCCUGGUGCACGGAUAAGGAGUAUCAGGUGCGCUCUCGCUGCCUGUCACGCUCCACGCUGCUUCGCUUCAACUGCAGCGAGGUGCAUAUCUAUGAGAAUCAACCACAGAUGGCGCUGCUGCAGGAGCGUCCCCUAAAGGACUAUGAGACGCGGGACGAGCAGGCGGUGCAAGUGACACCGCAACGCGUAUUUCUUAAAUUGGUCAAAGGCAACACGCAACGCCUUAAGCUGAGUUACCGCGCGGCACGCAACAACCCCCUCGAUUUGUACGUGUUGAUGGACCUCACAUGGACAAUGCGCGAUGACAAGGACACCCUGGAGAAGUUGGGCACGGAAUUGACCAAAACGUUGCACAAUCUAACAGAUAAUUAUCGCCUCGGCUUUGGCUCCUUUGCGGAUAAACCCGCAAUGCCAAUGAUUAUGCCACAGCUUCGGGAAAAUCCGUGUGCCGCCGAACGGGAGAUAUGUGAACCAACCUACGGAUAUCGUCAUCAACUGAAGCUAACUGAUGAUAUUAAGGCCUUUACAGCUGCCGUUGCGGGCAGCAAGAUUACUGGUAAUCUUGAUAACCUGGAAGGUGGCCUAGAUGCCCUCAUGCAGGUGAUUGUCUGUCCCAAUGAAAUUGGCUGGAAACAACAGGCGAGAAAGGUCGUCAUCCUGGUCACAGAUGGUUUCAUGCACUUUGCUGGCGAUGGAUUGUUAGCCGGCAUUGUACAACGUAAUGAUCGCAAAUGUCACUUGAACAAGGCCGGUGAAUAUACGGGCUCCCUGGUCUAUGAUUAUCCUUCCUUGGAGGAAAUCUAUCGUGAGUUGUUGCGUCGCAAGAUCAAUGUCAUCUUUGCCGUUACGGAACAGGUUUUUGGCACUUACAAGGAACUCAGCGGACUAAUGCAGGAGAUCAGCAAUGUGGAGAUCUUGAGUGCAGAUUCAUCCAAUAUUUUGGAACUGAUCGAGAAGAGCUAUGAAAGCUUUGUAAAGCGCACACAAUUUGGAGACAACAGUCCCGAUUUUAUAGAGAUGAAGUAUUACACGGAUUGUGCCGGACAAUUUCCCAGUUUGCGACAACGAAACUACUGCAACAAUGUGAAUCUGGGCAAAGAGAUUGAAUUCUAUGUGGAUGUAACGCUCAAAGAUUAUCCGGAAAAUGGAGUGCUGACCCACAAGAUACGCAUGGAGGAGGCAUCGUUGAGUGAAUACAUCGAUAUCGAUGUGGAACUGCAGCGUCCGUGUCCUUGCGUCGAGGAACCACAGCCGGAAGAUGAAUACGGACGAUUUCAGUGUGAUGACAAAGGAUAUUUGAAUUGUGGCAUGUGUUUUUGUGAUGAGGGAUGGACGGGCACAUUCUGCAACUGCCCCACGGAUCCCACAAAUGCCACAACCAAUGAGGCAUUGCUAAAAACCUGUCGCAUGCCCCUGGACAAAUUGGGGAAGAGUAUCUCCAGUCAAGUGUGCUCCAAUCACGGCGAAUGCGAUUGUGGAAGCUGCAGCUGUGACCCAGGCUAUAUGGGCAGCUAUUGUGAAUGCCUGGAAUGCUCCGAUUGUGAUGAGGAGCGUGCCGAGUGUUAUUGCGGCCAAUGUGUCUGUAAAUACGGCUGGUCGGGCACAAGAUGCAACUGCAAGGAGUCCACAGAUGGCUGCACUGGGCCCACUGGGGAAAUCUGUUCGGGACGCGGCAGCUGUGAUUGUGGCGUCUGCAGUUGCCAGGAACCUUAUAAGGGCACCUUUUGUGAAAUCGAUGCUGAGAAGGAUAAUAAACUUUGCCUAUUCUACGAGCCUUGUGUCACCUGCCUCAUCGAGCAGAAGCAAGGCAUCGAGGGUUGCAAGAACCUCAGCGAGAUCUGUUCUAAUGCGGAGUCCCAUGAACGUUUCACCUACGGAUUUGUCGAGGAACUCGAUGCGGAAAUAAUGUGUCUGGUGCGGAUUGUCAAUAAACAUGGCAUACAAUGUGAUAGCUACUUUGGCUAUCAGGUCAUCGAUCAUGCCAAUUAUCUGGCCAUUCAGGCCGUCGAAUGUGAGCCGGCCAAUUAUUAUGCCAUCUUUGGUUCCAUCUCAUUGAUCACAUUGCUUUUGGGUCUGUUUGUCAUCUGGCUGGUCUGGUGUUGCCUUCGCAUGAAGGAUGCAAGAGAAUAUGCUCGAUUCCAUGAGGAGCAGGCGAACAAUGUGAGACAGGAGAAUCCCAUCUACAGAGAUCCAGUCGGACGAUAUGAAGUUCCCAAAGCAUUGAGCGCUAAAUUCGAUGAGAAUCCGUUUGCCAGUUGAGUCCGAUCUCCUAAUAUCUAACUUGCAAUUUACGUUUAGUUUAGUCAUUGGUUUAAGCUAGCAUUAGUUAGCAUUUAAUAGGGACAGCAGGUACCAAAGCUUUAGCUUAGACACUUUCUAAACUGUCUCUAAAGUUAGAUAAGCUUAAAAUUCUACAUUUGUUUUUACUCUUUCUUUUUACCUAUAAAUAAUUGUUGCUCAUAAUUAAAAUUAAAUUCGGUAGAGCUUACAAAUUUGACAUAGAUUUUAGCUAUUUAGACAUGCA